AUGCGUCUGAUCGUAUACUCGGUCCUGGUCACUGUGUUUACCGCUCUCUUCUACUCGAUCCUCAUCGUCAUAUUGGGCCCCGGGCCCCCGGAGGAGCCCGGCGUCAACUUGGCUUCGGCGAAGCGAUUGGGCUACAAGCAACUGGAGGAUAUUCCGCCUCGCCAUGUUCCGAGGGAGUACGACACCGAUGUCAGGAGACUGGUGUUCAUUGGCGACGUGCACGGCAUGUUUACAGAGCUGAAGGACCUCCUCAAGAAGGCCAACUACGACGAAGCCACCGACCACAUCGUCUUCACCGGCGACCUGGUGACCAAAGGCCCGGACUCCCUGAAGGUCGUCGAUUUCGCCCGCAAACACGGCGCCAGCUGCGUCCGCGGCAACCAGGACGACCGUGUACUGCUACACUACCACCACGACCAGGCCCACGUGACGGACUCCCUCUCGGACAGCGAAGCGGAUCCCGCCCACAAGGUCUCCAAAUCUGAGGCGAUGAUUAGGAUCGAGAAGGCGCUGGCGAGGAAGAUGACGAAGGAGCAGGCGGAGUGGCUGGACUCCUGCCCGCUCAUCCUCAAGGCCGAUGGCGUCAAGGGGCUGGGGAAUAUUGCCGUCGUGCAUGCGGGAUUGGUGCAUGGUGUUCCGUUGAGACAGCAGGAUCCGGCGGCCCUCAUGACGAUGCGCAGUAUUCAACCUAGAUCUAGGGUCCCGAGCUCGGGCACCGACGGAACCCACUGGGCGCGGUUGUGGAAUCGCCGUGAGAAGAACGAGAGGGUUCCGCGUACUGUUAUCUAUGGACACUACGCGGCCAAGGGUCUCGACAUCCGCCCUCUCUCCAAGGGUCUCGACAGCAACUGUGUCCGUGGUGGUAAACUCACCGCGCUGAUCGCGUCGACCCGAACCGACGAGCCCGAGAUGGUAUCUGUUUGUUGCCGCAAGUACUACAACAAAUAG